UACAAACACGGGACAUAUACAGCACUGUACCUUAAUGACGUUCAUUUAACUUUUGCUUUGAGAAAUUCAACUUUUGAGACUUCAGGUUCCAACCAAAUUUGGCUGAAUCAAAAACAUGGACACCACCCUGAGCCUCCUACGACUUUGUUUGCUGGUUGCCAUGGUUACUGCCCACUCAGGACACCAUGGAGAGCCCCCGAAAAGUUUUGGUGACCCAAACGUUAUAGGUGACCAGGAACACCUGAAGCAACACAUGAAGGGCCAGAUCAACAUGGAUAAGCCGAUGUCUCCCGCAGAGAUGGAGUUCCACUACUUCCGCCUCCAUGACACCAACAACGAUACACUCCUGGACGGCCUUGAACUUCUCAAAGCCCUGAGUCACAUGAUACCCCCCAUGGACUUUGCCCCCCAGGAGAUCAGCGGCAAGACGGCCGUGGAGGUGGAGAAUAUGAGGAACCAGAGGGUCCGGGAGAUGAUGGCCAACUUUGUUCAGAUCAUCGACAACGUGCUACAGCUAGACGACCGCGACAAGGACGGGUACCUGAGCUACCCCGAGUACAGCAUGGCCCGACGCCGGGACGCCCAGAAGAUGAAGGAGAUGCAGGAGAAGAUGCUGAGGGACGCCAACAUGCAGAAGGAGGCCAUGCUCAGCAAGCAGCAGCAGCCCUACAACACUGGCCUGUAACCACACGUUUCAUUGGUUCAAGCUUGUAAUCACAGCUCUCAUUGGUUGCACAUUUAUAGAAUGUAGGUCGGGGGUUAAAUUUAAAAUAUUAACAUUAUUUUUUUUUAAAUUAGAGAAACACUUUAUUUUUUUUUGAUCAAGGGACGCAGAGGCGGAACUAGAAAAAAAGAUUUGUAAACGAAUUUAGGGGUCAUAGUGUUGAUGUGGGAGCCCGGGGCGCUCUAGAUGACACGGCCGCCUAUGGCUGAUGAUUCAAGCAGUACACCUCUCCCCCUAUGCAGGAAACCCAAUAAGCGGACCCCAGGUGCUAUGAUAGUGGGGUGCCGCCACUCCAAUAUUAAAUCAAAUGUUAGGAAUAUGACAGAAACUUUGCGGGUGCCUACUCGAAUACUUUCCAACUUUUCACGGCAAUCGCAUGAAUGGUGUAGUAAUUGCAUAAAUAACACAACCAUGUUUUUCACAUGUACAGCUGUAGACUAUGUGACCAGCUUGCGGGCGAAAAUCUUCUGAUUUAGGAGAUAUUCCAUACAUGACUUCAUUCUUUUUUGACGACACAAUAGGGCUGGUAAGUAUGUCAUUAACCAGUUCUAUGGCUCAUGCUGGUUUUAUUGAGCCGUAGAACUGGUUGGUGACCUACUUACCAGCCCUAUAGCCAGACCCUCACCCUAAAUGACGUCAUUUUAUAAUAUUAAUUGACUUACCUUCCUUGUUUUGUGAAUUAGAUUCAUCAAACAUAUACUAGUAAGUAAAUCAAUAUAUGCUGUCUAGUGUCAUACAAAAUAAACAGAAGUGGUGAAUGCAGGUCAGGUAGUUCGCAGACGAUUCAUUUAUCUAUUCGCCACUCGUGAGGCUUUAAAAAAAAAAGGGGGGGGGGCUGGAAAAGGAACAAAACGCAGAUGGUUUACUUAUAUAACGGCCUCUCGCGCAAUGAACUUUGAUUUUUUUCCAAAACUAUUGCCGGUGACAGCGUGUUUGAUUGUAGGAGAAAGAGGACACGGCUUUCACAAUGGUUAAAAAUCAAAGGAAAAAAAGAAUAUGCAGGAGCGUUGGAUAGUGUCUAUAGAAUAAAAAUCCAAACUCAGCUACAGUUUUCGUUUUAGAAAAUAACCAUCUAGUAAAAAAAUGCACGAAAAUUAAAUUUUUAAUUAAACAAUUUUUAUGAUCGGCUGCGGGCCCCCAAAUGGCCUAGACCCCCCCCCCCCCGCGUUGCGUGGUUUUACAGUAUGGUAGUUCCGCCCCUGAGGUGACGUCAUGCGUAAAAAAUCGAUCAAAACAACAAAUCACAUUUCACGAGGGUAAUUAAAAACUGUCGUCUAACUUAUUGUCAUUUAAAAAACAAACCACAUUUCACGAGGGUAUUUAAAAACUGUCGUCUAACUUAUUGUCAUUUAAAAAACAAACCACAUUGCACGAGGGUAUUUAAAAACUGUCAUCUAAGUUAUUGUCAUUUAAAAAACAAACCACAUUUCACGAGGGUAUUUAAAAAAUGUCAUCUAACUUAUUGCCAUUUUAAAGAGUCCCCUUAAAGAUAUGUGUGUCACAUAAAGAUGACAUUGACAUGAUACCACAUGUGUCAGUGUCACGAAUCACGUCAGUGUCACGUCAACGUGUGUCUAAAAUACCAGUACUCACCAGAGAUUUAUAUAAUGGAUGAAUAUGUAUGUUUUAGGGCCAGUUUGUGACUGUAUUGGUCAGUUUUUGAUUGUAUGGUCAGUUUAUAAGAAUGUGGUCAGCUUGCUCGUACAUUCAUGAUGAUAUGGUCAGUUUGUGAAUAUGUCAGUUAAUGCGUGUAGUAAAAAAUUAUAUGUGGUCAGUUGGUGUGUGUGUGUGUGAUCAUAUUGUAAUGACGUGGUCAAUUGACGAGGGCCUACUCAAAUUAUGAUUAAGUGUAAAUGAUAUAAAGAUGUUAAGUACUCUCUGUUUUAUAUCUGAUAAUCCAAUAAAUCACGAUUUAUAACUUUGUGUGUCUGUAACGUAUUACCAUUGGCACUC